AUGUUAGUGCCUCAAAAGAUGUCCUUUAGCUCCAACUGGCAGCACCCCGGUUUUCUGGAUGGCGACAGAAGACAGGGAGAUAAUGGAAGUUCGGGGGGGUGGUGAAAGCUGCCCAAUAUACACCAAGACUGUGCCUGAUGACCCCAUGUCUGAAGAGAAGCCUAAGGUUUCUUUGGAGGCAGAAACCCCAAAGCCAGACUCUUCCUACGACUACCUAGAGGAGAUGGAAACUUGCGAGGAUGGAGGCUGCCCAGGGCCCCCCAAGCCAGUAUCCUCCAAGGCUGAUCACACCACCAAGGGCCAGGCAGGAGAUGGACCUGAACUCACAGACCUGUCCCCAACCUUGGGGACCCUGGGAGCCCCGGUGAGUGAGCGCAAUACAGAGAUGGAGCUAGAGAAGGUCCGCAUGGAGUUUGAGCUCACUCGGCUCAAGUAUGUCCACGAGGAGAACGAGAGGCAGAGGCAGCACGAGGAGGUAAUGGAGCAGCUGCAGCAGCAGGGGACGCCCCGCCUGUUCUCGGGUGGCCUCCAGGACCUCUUGCUCCCCCAGAACCAGUUUGCCAUGUUCCUGUACUGCUUCAUCUUUAUUCACAUAAUCUAUGUCACCAAGGAGAUGAUCUUCUUCAUCUUCUCCAAGCACUACCUGUUCUGCAUCGCAGCUGUUUUGCUCUGCUUGAUUAAAACAUUGUGGUCAUACUUCCAAGUGCCUUUGCUCUCUCCAUCACUGGGGACCUCAUCCAAGUUAGCCUCUCUGCCCCCAACUCCUUCACAAAAUUCCUCCCUCCAGUCAGAAAAGUCUGCUGUCAGCCACUCCCACAUCUAUGUGAAGAAAUACAUCCAUAGCCUGUACUGAGGCUGACUUUCCAUGUGUGUGAAUAGGGUGCAUCCCCUGAUUAGAGGACUGCAAAGUUGGCAGGUGGGGUGGGGUAUCUAUAGGAAGAAGGGGUUGA